AUCAUAUGUUAAAUGUUUAGUUUCUUACCUUUAACCCGGAUGUUGGUCCCACUUGUAACACAUGCCGAUGAAAACAUUGUCGUGUCGUGUCUAAAAUGGAAUUAAACAUCAAGAAAACAAGUUCACAGGCUUUGCUGUCAUGUGGGAACGGAGGAGGUCUCAGUGAGAAGCUCCUCCUCAAGCCAAAGGCUGGCAGCUCCUUGCAGACAGAGAGAGUCCCAAGAAGCAGCGUGUUGGAUCGGCUGCAGAGCUUCCUGCCUCAGAUGGCCGAGGCCAAUGAGAAACUGAAGCAGCAGAUUGAAAAAGCUCCUGCGGGAUGCUUUGAUAUAGAGAACGUGGAGGAGGCGCAGAGGGUCAUAGAGAUGGACGUAGCUCUGGUGGAGCUCAGCGGGUCAGACAGUGACUCAGAAGAUGUAGAAGAGGCUUCAGACUCUGAGGAGGACUCUGAUUCUGAUGAGGAGAGCGAGAUCACAGAACAGAGUCUCAAACUACCCGGAGACAAAGGAAAGAAGAAGAAGAAAGCCAACAUCCAGGUUGUCAGUCAGCAGGGAGAGUAGCACAGACUUUUGGCUGCGCAUUGAGUUUCUUUGCCCUCUGAGGUAGCGUGGGGUAAACCGCAAAAAUGGCUAAAUGUCUGCCUCAGGUGCGAAGGCAUUUUAACCUACUCCACAGAGGCAGUGAACUGAAAGCUCCUGUGUGGAGACAUGCACAUCUUCAUCAUCCCUAUGGGAACAACAGUUAUUAUAAUUUUGUACAUUUGAAGGUCAGAGUUGAAAAUGUGCCUUUGGAGCCAGAACAGAUACUGAGAUGACCUCAUGUAGUCUGGCAAUCAGCCGAGUGUGUGACCUCUAAUUGUACAUAGUACUGUAUAUUUAGGUAUGACUUGUUUUUGGUUACCAUCAACUUGUACACAUUUGUACUUUCACAAUUUGUACUUCUUUUCUUUUUUUUGUGCUUUCUUUUCAGUCGUGAUUUUUCAGAGCAAGUUUGGCCACCUGAAAAGAUGUUGGUUUAUGGCAAUGAAAAUAAAACCUCUGUACAACAUGGUUGUUAGAUGGCAAUCUUA